GGGAGCGAACCGCUGACAAAUGGAAAGCCAAACACAACGGACUGAUAACUUGCGCACGAUGAGCUGCCUCGAUGCCUUUUUUUGACUGAACAUUACGAUUUAUUUUCAUUUCUAACCAACGGUGCACCUUUAGGCGAAUGUUUCAGUGCCUUUGGUCGUGUAUUUUGUUGAUUCAACUUCUGGCUCUGCAGUGACUUCACAGCAGUUUCAACGGAACUUCUUUUUGGUUUAUUCAACGUUUUCAUUUUCCAAAAGGCGCCAUGAUCCCCGAAUGUCCAAGUGUUGUGGAGACGGUCGAUAGGACCAAAUACCAGAACAGCCCGCCUGCCGAACCGAAUCAGAUGAGUACCGCCGUCGGAGGCUUGUUGAGGCAUAUUACAACCGUCAUCAAAAAUGAACCUUUCACCGAUCAUUACACCAUCAUACCCGGAAAAGAGCUUGGAAGGGGCAAAUUUGCAGUGGUCCGAAAGUGCGUGAAGAAAUGUACAGGUCAAGAAUACGCCGCAAAGUUCAUGAAGAAGAGGCGAAAAGGGCGCGACUGCCGCAUGGAGAUCAUCCACGAGAUUGCCGUGCUCGAGCUGGCGACAGACAGUCAGCGGGUGGUUAGUCUUCACCAGGUCUAUGAAAUGGCCUCCGAGAUGGUGCUCGUCCUGGAGUUCGCUGCGGGAGGAGAAAUCUUCAACCAAUGCGUGUCGGAUCAGGAGGACGAGGCCUUCAGCGAGAAUGACGUCAAGAGGCUCAUGAGACAGAUCCUGCAAGGAGUCGCCUUCUUACAUCAGAGGAACGUCGUCCAUCUGGACCUGAAGCCUCAGAACAUCCUUCUGACCAGCAACUCUCCUCUGGGCGACAUUAAGAUUGUGGACUUCGGUCUGUCCCGUAUCGUCAGCAGCCAGCAGGAGCUUAGAGAGAUUAUGGGAACUCCCGAGUACGUUGCUCCGGAGAUUCUAAAUUAUGAACCCAUAAGCACAGCAACAGAUAUGUGGAGCAUCGGUGUUCUGACCUACGUGAUGCUGACAGGCCUGUCGCCCUUCCUGGGCAAAGACAAGCAGGAGACCUUUCUCAACAUUUCCCAGAUGAAUGUCAGCUACGACGAGGAGGAACUGCAGGAGCUGGACCAGGCCGUGUCCUUCAUCCAGACUCUGCUCUGUAAACAGCCACAGGUUCGAGCCACAGCCGAACAAUGUCUCCAGCACCCGUGGCUUCAUUCCGAAGAUCCUCAGGAAACGGAGACACGCGGUAAACGGCCCCCACUGGGAGUCCAUGACUCAUCCAGCGCAAGCGGCGGUCCCGCCGGUAGCCCGGAAAGUCCCACCACCACCUCGACUGCUUGCACAAACAGUGUUGAGGAGGAAGAUGAAGGCCCGGUGACUGAGGACCUGAUCGUCGUGGCCGCCUACACCCUGGGCCAGUGCCGCCAGUCGUCCACCGCCGAGAAGGACGCCCGGGUUGCCGACAAGAAGGCCAACUCCAAGCGCUUCAAGUUUGAGGAGCCCUUCACCGUCCUGCAGGAGCUCCCUGGGGAGUUCAUCUACUGAAAACUCCCCACCCGCGGGAGCAAAUCGAAAAGCAUCAUCGUGAAAAAAAAAAGGGAUGCAACAAUGUCUUCAUCGCACGUACAUAAACAAUGUGAUUCUAAAAUGUUUACGGAUAUCACUUCGGGGGAAGUGGUGUUAGCACCCUCUAUUGGCCAAACUAGGUAUAUUCAUGUAUAGCUUCAAAAAAAACAUCUAAUGAUAAAUGCAUUAAUUAUAAAAAAAUGUAGUUCUAAUGAAAAAAUACUUGAGUUAAAACAACUAUACCACAAGUUAAAAGUGUAAAUAUAAGCUAAAAGUGUGUUCUCUUUUCAUCUCAUUGAGGGGGGAAUGCCACCUAACAUAGCACUUAUGUAAAUACACUGUACAGUACACGUCUGAUUUGCUUAUACAGGGGAAAACUUUUUUUUCCAUCAUUUGGUUGGUCUAAUAUACUUCUGUCUUGAUUUCUUCAUAUUUUUUUUUCUUUAAGCUGCUCUUCCUAACUCUGCAACUCUGCUCUCACGUUGACACGCAUGGUGUAUUUUUUUUUUUUUUUUUUGUUUCUGGUGCUUGAUUAAGGGUUUUUGUGUUUUAUAUUUGCCUUCUAACAUCCAUUUUUAUUGUUCAAUUUCUUUUUUUUUUUUUUUUGUAAAUGAUGGUUGUUCAUUUAAUUUAAGAGUACAGUACUGCUAAAUAUACAUGUCACGUACCGGUAUUUGUGCAACCUUCAGUAUAGGGUACAACCUUCAAGGGCUGAGGCCUGUCAACCCAAUAAAUGUUCGUUUGAGUUGUACAUGUUGACUGUGAGCGUUCUAGACUUCCACGUUGUUGGAAUUACAUGUUUGAAACAAUGGGAAAAUAUUUGUACAUGAAUGUCCUGUACCGCAAAUAAAUAUGUUGGGAGUUA